UAAAAUUGCCACACUGCAAAAUCGGCAGCACUUGGCCCGUUUUAUUAUAUCUGCGGCGAUGGGUGGAUGUUUGCUUCUUGGUGCAGUCUUACUGCUGCUCAUGGGGUCCUUGCAAGCUGGAAGCAGUCGUUUGAAGUGCAGCCUGAGCUCCAAACUGUGCAAGGACGGCUCCGAGUGUGUCCUCUACAGCAAUGUGUGUGAUGGAGAGCCAGACUGCAAGGAUGGUUCGGAUGAAGAUGACUGUGCAUCCGAGUGCCACAGAGAUCAAUUUCAGUGUGCCCAUGGAAAGAAGUGUAUCCAAAAGGACCAGAUUUGCGAUGGUGUACCUCAGUGUCAGGACCGUUCUGAUGAACUGCAGUGUAUGAAGCAUACGGAUGACUGCGUUCACCACUGUGACAACAGGAAUCGCUGCUUGCCUGCAAGUUUCCUCUGUGACGGCGAGAAGGACUGUUUAGAUGGCACCGACGAGGCCAGCUGUGGAAACCUUGAGGAAGAUUGGUAUGAAAAGGAAGAAAAAAACAGCACAACCCCUGAUCUCCCUGUUUCUGGUGGCCCAUCUACCAACAUCAAGUGUAAUUUGGGUGCCAUACCCUGCAAGGACAACACAAAAUGUGUCCUCUACAACCAUGUCUGUGAUGGAGAAGUGGAUUGCAGCGAUGGCUCAGAUGAGGGAGACUGCGCAUUAGCAUGUGGAACAGACCAGUUCCAGUGUGCCCAUGGAAAGAAGUGCAUUGAGCAGAGCCAGGUGUGUGAUGGAGUGCCUCAGUGUCAGGACCGCUCAGAUGAAUUGGCAUGUGCCAAGCACAUGGAGGGCUGUGCUCACCACUGUGAUGACAAGAGCCGCUGCAUUCCCAACAGCUUCCUCUGUGACGGAGAGAGGGACUGUUUGGAUGGCAGUGACGAGGCAAACUGUGCUGAAGAGAGCUGCAGUGCCACGGAAUUUAAGUGCACCAGUGGCCAGUGUGUGUCGGCUAUAAUGCGUUGCGAUGGAAGCCUAGAUUGCUGGGACCGCUCAGAUGAGGAGGGCUGCCCUAAAGCACCGGUCUGCACAACCAAACACCGCUGUCCCGUGAGCAGGGAGUGUUUGUUGCCAGAGUGGAUCUGUGAUGGAGAUCGGGACUGUAAAGAUGGCACUGAUGAGAAGGAUUGUCCUGUGGUUCCACUGAACUGUGGUGAGUUCCAAUGGUCUUGUAAAUCCAAGACCAAGUGUAUCCCUACAGCCUGGAGGUGUGAUGGCAUGAAGGACUGUGACGAUGGCAGUGAUGAGACUGAAUGUGGGGUGGUGCCAUGCUUUCCUCACCAGUUCCAGUGUGGAAGUCAGGAGUGCCUGGAUCCGUCUUUGGUGUGUAGUGGCAUGACCAACUGCGCAGAUGGCUCCGACGAGGGAGGCAGCUGCCAGAUAAACUGUGCAGAGGCAGAUGACAGCCGCUGUUCCCAGAGCUGCUAUAGCACACCACAAGGAACGCGUUGUCACUGUAAAGCAGGAUUCAGGCUCACUGAGGACGGGCUUACCUGUGCUGAUAUUGACGAGUGUGAAGGUCCGAGCCCAGGUGUGUGCAGUCAGCUGUGCGUCAACACUCCUGGCUCUUACAGAUGUGACUGCCACCCAGGCUUCAUAAUGGAGGCAGGUGAACACCACUGCAAGAUCCCAGGUGAACCUUACCUGUUGUCGUCAGUCAAGACAGACCUGUUUGUGUUUGGACUGCGCAGUGGCAGCCUAGAUGUGUUGCCUUCCUCUGCCAAAAAUGCCAUCCUGUCUCUGGACUACGACUGGAGGGACCAGAGGGUCUUCUGGGCCAGUCUGGACACUGAGAGCAUCAGGUGGUCCUCGCUAGACCAGAAGACCAUGGGAACUCUGAUUAAAGAAGUCCGUGCUGAUUCUGUAGCUGUGGACUGGCUCGGCAGGAACAUGUACUGGAUUGAUGGGAUGAACAGUCAGAUUUUUGCCAUCAGACUGGGCACAGGCACAGUGAAAUCCCAGGACCAGAGUGUCAUCUUGGAUGAAGACCUGGAUCAGCCCCGCUCUCUGGCCCUCCUGCCACAAAAAGGGCUGAUGUUUUGGACAGAGAUUGGUAAUGUAGUGAAGAUUGAGCGGGCUGGCAUGGAUGGGUCAGAGAGGAUGGCGGUGGUGAACUCCAGUCUGGGCUGGCCUGGUGGCGUGGCUGUGGACACUGACAGAGUCUACUGGACAGAUGAAAGACUCGGGGCAAUUGGAUCUGCGACAUUGGAUGGAGAUGAUAUCCGGAUCUUACAGAUGAAAGAGACCACCAACCCAUUUGCUCUGGCAGUGUUCAAUGACAUGCUCUACUGGUCUGAUGCCAAGAAGCGAGUGGUCCAGGCCGCUCAUAAAAUCUCUGGCAAAAAACAUCAAAUUCUCAUGAAAAGACAUAAACAACCUUUUGGUGUGAAGAUAAUCCAUCCAUGGCUCCAGAUGGGUAGCCAGAGCCCCUGUGAGAAGAGGGAAUGUUCCCACAUGUGUGUGUUGGCCCCUGGACCCAAGGCUGUGUGCAAGUGUCCCUCUGGUCUUUUACUGGCUGAGGAUGGCCUGACCUGUUCCAGCCUGGUCAAUUCAGCGUUCCUGCUGAUGCUGUCUCCUUCCACUGUCACCCAGAUUUACUUGCAGUCCCGAAACAGAGCAGCAGAGCUGAAGGGCUGGCCAGAACACCUGGCCCUGCAGUUGCCCAGUGUCAAUGAAGCUGCAAUCAUGGACUACAACCUACAUGACCACACCCUAUUCUUGACUGAUGAUGGCACAAAUUCUCUCAGCUCUUUCAAACUCAAGGAAUCAAACUUGGCAUCCCAAGGGCAGCUUCUCAAGCUCCUGGGUGACACUAUCACUGCCAUGGCAUUGGACUGGGUGACAUUAAACGUCUAUUGGAGCAGCAAUAAACAGCCCCGCCUGCUGGUCACCUCCAUCAAGGGUGCGCACACUGCUGUUCUCUUAAAGGAAGGUAUUGGAAGAAUAGGAUCCAUUGCCAUUCACCCUCCCAGUGGAAGACUCUGUUUCACCAACCUGGGUUUGCAGGGUACAGGUACAGUGGCUACUGUGGAGUGUGCCAACAUGGACGGUGCUGAGCAGAGGGUAGUGUGGAAGGAUGCUGUCCAGCCCACAUCUGUGGUCUUCUCCAGUAAUGGGGAUGCAAUUUACUGGGCUGACACCGCUUUAGGGGCCAUUGGCUCUGUCCAGCUUGAUGGCUCUAGAUACAGAGAGAUGAAGGUCGGUGAUGGCCUGACUGCUGUGGCUCUGAGUGAUGAUACACUACUCUGGAUGACUGUCAAUGACAAGACCAGACUCUGGUACAGAGAUGAGCAGCAGCAGAGCAAGUUGUGGUUUGAAGUUGGCACACAAGUGGUCAGCAUGAAGGCAUUUAGCAAGUCAAGUCAGUCUGGUUCCAAUCAGUGCACAGAAAACAAUGGCAACUGCCAGCAUUUUUGCCUCGCCACUUCAGGAGGUCGGACAUGCAGGUGUAGCCACGAUCACAUCCUUAUGAAUGCCACCCACUGCAGCUUGGAUCAGGGCUGCCCAGUGGGCAGUAGGCCAUGUCUGGAUCAACUCUCAUGCCAGCCUGUUGAGAAGUUCUGUAACGGGCAUGUAGACUGCUCUGACCACUCUGAUGAGAACUGCGUCAAUCUGAAGCAGUGGUCAGGAGUCAAGGUCUUUGCUCCCAUCCAGCCUCGCAGCUCAUCUCUUUCUCCCUCCCCUUUCCCCCCUCUGUUUAAAACCACUGAUCUGAAAACCACCCUGAAUGUCAGCAGCCGGCUCUUGAACCUGGAUGCCCAGCAGUGCAGCCAGAGACAUUGCAGUAGCAAUGGGCACUGUGUGAAAAUCAAUGGGGACACCACAUGCGCGUGUUCACUUGGUUACAGCGGUGAUUCCUGUCAGGACAAUAUCUUGAAGACCAUGCAGGGUCCAAUCAUCUAUGGCACUGCAGGGCUUUGUGUAGGCAUGCUGGUCAUUGCUGUGAUGGCAGUGGUGGUCAAGAGGAAGAAGAGGACCAACAUGAGGAGUGCUACUCCAGCAGCUGUGAAGGGAACAAGUAUGACAGACCUGGAGAAUAGAGCUGAGACCACCCCCAGCACAAAAACUGCAGACACAGAGAAACAAGAGGACGUGGUAUUGUCUGUGGACUGAGGCUGACGAUGUGGGCAUGUGAUGUUUUAAAUAAAGUUUUCAUUGUCAA